AGUGUACUGAUUGACGAAUGACAAAGCAACAAGAAAAACCGGAAAGUAACUCCUCUAACCUACUAUCCGUUUAUAAACUAUAGUUCACUACUAUUAAUGGGAACCUACUGGAGUUGAAAGGAAAAGACUUCCAGUGAAAAGUGAAUUUUGUUCUUGAAAGGAACCGGAUAUAUACUAACAGGCAGGAUGUUGUGGGGAGGAGGGUUGGAUCUCUGGAUCUGUAUAUCCAUAAUAUUCAUAUCAGUUCUACCCGCAGCGCACACUGCUCCUGUUGAAGAUUGGCCUGAGGAUUCACAACUAGCUUUCCCAGAAGAAGGUUGCUACUACCAGUACAAACACUAUGAUGAAGGAGAACAGAUUAUCACAAAUGAACCCUGCCUGAACUGUACAUGUCACAACCAAAUGCUCAUGUGCUUCCUCAGAGUAUGUCCUUUUAUCAAACCUGUUGGUAAGGAUUGUAUAGUGGAGAAGAGCGAAUCUCAAUGUUGUCCCACAAUUACUUGUCCCCCAGGUAAGCUUGUCCCACGAUAUCUUGUCCCCCAAGUAAGCUUGUCCCACGAUAUCUUGUCCCCCAAAUAAGCUUGUCCCAUGUGCCACAAUCGCUUGUCUUCCGGAUAAGGUU